AUGUCACUCUAUUUAGUCACAGACGCAUUUCGUAAACUCGGUUCACCGGAUAUUAAAAAUGAUGAUUUCUAUGAUCGAUUAAGUCGUAAAUAUUCACUGAUAUUACUUGGUGUAUCAUUUGUAAUUGUUAGUUCAUCACAAUUUGUUGGUCAACCAAUAAAUUGUUAUACACAUAAUAUACCAGGUAGUCAUACUGGUUAUGUUAAUUGGGUUUGUUGGAUAAGUUCUUCAUAUUAUAUACCAUUUGAAAAACCUUUACCAACACGUUAUCAACAACCACCAGAAAAAAUUCCUUAUUAUCAAUGGGUUCCAUUUAUUUUGCUUUGUAUGAUGUUUCUUUUUUAUUUACCCGGUUUUGUAUGGCGUAAUCUUAAUAAAUCAUGUGGUAUUAAUACAAAAAUUAUUACAAAAAUGGUUACUGAUAUGGAUCAAAUGGAUGGUGAAAAACGAGAAAUAACUGUACGAUCAUUAGCUAAACAUAUUGAUAGAGCAUUAGCUUAUCAUCGAGAUUAUGAUCAUGGUUUUUUCUAUAAUUUUCGUCGACGUGUAGGAUCAAUACCUUGUUGUAAAUUGGGUCAACAUGCAGCUAAUGCUAUUGGUCAACUUUUUCUUUUAAAUAUAUUUAUGGGUAGUGGAUUUACUUUCAUUGGUAUUGAAGCAAUUCAACGUUGGAUGAAUGGUCAAGAUUUAGCUGUUGUUGAACGUUUUCCACGUAUAACUAUGUGUAAAUUUAUAAUUCGAGCACUUGGUGAUAAUAUUCAACCAUAUGAUGUUCAAUGUCUUUUACCAAUUAAUAUUUAUAAUGAAAAAGUAUUUUUAUUAAUUUGGUUUUGGCUUGCAUUUAUUGCUAUUACAUCGAUUUAUGGUCUGAUUAAAUGGUUAUAUUAUUUUACACCAGGUGCACGAAUAAAUUUUAUUGAUAGAUUUUUAAACGCAAAUAAUAUUGAAUAUUGUAAAACAUCAACAUCAUCCUCGACAAUGGGUAUACAUUCAAGUGAUGAUCAAGCACCUAUUAAACGCCUUGAAGAAUUUGUUGAAAAUUAUUGUCGACAAGAUGGUCUAUUACUUUUACGUAUUAUUAAAAAAAAUACAAAUAAUGUUAUUGCUGGUGAAGUUAUUUGUGCAUUAUGGAAUAAUUGGAAAAGAAUGCCACAAAUUCGUUCGAAUGCAUCAUCAGAAUCGGAUAAUGGUGGUCAAAUAAUUGGUUUAGGUGUUAAAGGUUCAUUGAAACAAAAUGGUGCUGGUGAAGGAAAUGAAAAAUUAUUACCGCCUAUGUCAGGCAUAUUAUCAUAA